AUGAGCUUUGUCGUCCGCCUCCGUCGCUCCGACCUAACUUCGACCUUAUCGCUUGCGCGCUCGCUCCACGUCCGCGCACUCGCAACGCUCCCGGUUCUCGCCGACUUUUCCGCGAUUUUCGUGGACGUAAAGCGAUUUGCUUUCGGUCGCCACGUAUCCCGUGGCCCAGUGAACAGCGAUAAACACAAAGUAAGAUUAAUCGUCGGGGCAGUCCACGAUAUUGAUGAAAGCGAUAACGAUCCCGACACUGUCGUUCAUAAUAAGUGGCUAUCGGAACCCGAAGCACAGUCGCAGCGAAGCGGUGCGAAUCUCCUUUUCAGCCGGCGGUUUAUCGUGAUUCGGUACGAGGGUUUUAUAGCCUGUGGCGUAAAGGUUCGGAGCGCAAUAUACACUAGAGCCCCUCGCGGUCGCACACUCGAGUCUAAUGGCCGUGAUUCGACAAGUACAAAUGGCCGCCCUGACAAAUGGUCUACGGACGACCCCGUGUCACACGAGAUACAAGUUCGAAAAGCAUUCAAGCCAAUAUGGGACUUAUCGUCCGGUCUCCGAGGACCCCUGGCUUAUACGAUCCGGGUGAUUUAUGCUUUCCAAUCCACUAUCGCUUUCGACUCAUAUUUGAUGGACGUCACGGGAGUUAUUGCUCUCGUGAAAUACGAGCGUUUUUUCGGAGAACAAUCGAAGGACGGAGCCAUUAAGAGGUCGGACGUAAAUCUGAGUGGGUCGCAGGCGAUUCGUCUUCUAAUGAAGAAAAGUGCGCCCCCAGGAUGCUUUAUCGUCGAUCUGUGUAAUUAA